ACACCCGGCUCCUCGGGAGCCUGCGGAUCCUUCUUGGACGCAGGCUCACCGCAAAGGAAGCUGCGAGGUGUCCGAUUUGCACACGUGAAGCCCGAGAUCCGGGGCGGUGGACGCCAGGCAAGACAUGAAAACCCCCAACUCGCAGGAGGCCGAAGGGCAACAAACCAGGGCAGUUGCAGGACGGGCCACUGGGUCUGCAAACAUGACAAAGAGAAAAGCCUCCCAAAAGAAACAGAGAGGCAGACCUUCGUCCCAGCCCCGCAGGAACAUCGUAGGCUGCAGGAUUUCACACGGAUGGAAGGAAGGCGAUGAGCCCAUCACCCAGUGGAAAGGAACCGUUCUGGAUCAGGUGCCUAUAAAUCCUUCUCUUUAUCUGGUGAAAUAUGAUGGAAUUGACUGUGUCUAUGGACUGGAACUUCACAGAGAUGAAAGAGUUUUGUCUCUUAAAAUUCUUUCCGACAGGGUGGCAUCAUCUCAAGUCAGUGAUGCAAACCUUGCAAAUACCAUAAUUGGUAAAGCUGUGGAACAUAUGUUUGAGGGUGAGCAUGGUUCUAAGGAUGAAUGGAGAGGAAUGGUCUUGGCCCAAGCACCUAUCAUGAAAGCCUGGUUUUAUAUUACCUAUGAGAAAGAUCCUGUCUUGUACAUGUACCAGCUUCUAGAUGAUUAUAAAGAAGGAGACCUCCGUAUCAUGCCAGAGUCCAGUGAGUCUCCUCCAGCAGAGAGGGAGCCAGGAGGAGUUGUAGAUGGCCUGAUAGGUAAACAUGUGGAAUAUACCAAAGAAGAUGGCUCCAAACGGAUCGGCAUGGUCAUUCACCAAGUGGAAGCCAAACCCUCUGUGUAUUUCAUCAAGUUUGAUGAUGAUUUCCAUAUCUAUGUCUAUGAUUUGGUGAAAAAGUCCUAACUGUUAGGGUAAACUUUGCCACAUUUGUGAAAACAAAUGUGUACUUUGUAGACAUGCAAAAUAAUGUUACUUUUCAGUGUAUUGAAAGCUUUAGGGUCCCUGUUAAUCCGACAUCUUUGCCAGCAUAACUGUUGUUUUGUCCUGAAAAAUACAAAUUUAUGUGGCCAUGA